AUGGGCUUUUCUGAUGAACAACAAAAAUCUUCUCUUUUAAACCAACUUGAUAAUAUAUUGGAAGUUCCAGAAGUUAAACUUUCUGAUAUAAAAGUAUCAGCAAAAAUUAUAGGAAAAGAACAAAAAGAGAAAAAAAAGCUAAUAAUAAAAACUGUUAAAUUAGAAGCAUAA